AUGAAGAUCAGAAUAAGCCAGCCGUAUAAAAUCGUUGAUAUAAGUAUGAUGCAUAAAGUUUUCGACGCGGGUCAUUACGAAGCCUUGCUACGUCAAGGUCUGGAUUUUUUCGAGGUGGCUCGUUUCAAUGCUGUUCCGGAACGCUGGUGGCGUGGCGGCGGCGGCUGCGGCGGUACCGCAUGCGGCUCAUUCGGUAUACCCUCGAGAUACGCGUCGCCGGGGAACGACGGAAACAAUACUACUCCAGAAGCGUAUCAGGAGAACUUAUCGCAAACGGCGGACAGCGUGUUGCAAUGCUACCGAUGUCAGGGUUUCUGGCACGUGGCCGCUAAUUGUCGGCACUUACCGCGCUGCGUCCGCUGCGGCGAGCCGCACAGCGUCGAGUUUUGCCCAAGGCCGCGGAACAACCCUAUAUGCUGCCACUGCUCCGGACCUCAUCACGCCGGUAAAUCCUCUUUGUCGAGGAUCCUAGCGUCUUUUCUAUUACACGUCUUUCAUUAAUACAGCAAAUAAUAAGGGGCCAAAGAGUCAAAUUCGACCGAAGUUAAUGUCGAUUGCCCAGUAGUAUAAAUUUUUUAAUUUCAGCUACCGCCAAUUACCGUAC